UGUGUUCCUUACAAAGAUAGAGCCCAUCACUGCUUGCUCGUCUUGGUCCUUCACUUGUAACCUACCCUGUAUCAUCGUCGAACUCCCGUCCUCGGUAGCUCUAGUUCUGUCGCAGACCAUGGAGACCGUCCUUGUCGUCGGAGCUUCAGGCAACAUUGGUGUCUCUGUCAUCAUUGCCGCUUUGCGAAGCGGGCGACAGGUCCUUGCUGUCGUCCGAAACAAGGCUGCUGAAGACAGGCUUUUCCAGCAUGUUGGGACAAAGGAGGGCAUUACUACUGUCGAAGCUGACGUAACGACCGAAGAUGGUGUUCAGACGGUUGUUGAGCAAGUCAAAGGUGGUAAAUUGCCCGCUUUCCAACAUGUCUAUUCCGCUGUUGGAGUGUUGAAAUGGACGAGCCCAAUCCAAAACCUUGAUAUACCUGCUUUCCGUGAGGUCAUGCAUGUCAACUUGGAAGCCAACUUCUUCGCCUACCGUGCAACGGUUCCCUAUCUCAUCGAACAAGGCAACCCCAAUGCCACCUGGACUCUGAUCACAGGCGGAGCAGGUGACUUUGGUAUUGCUGGGGUGACCGCCGUCUCGCAGGGAGCCUUGUACUCCUUGGCAAGCGUGGCUUGCCUCGAAAACGCAAAGACAAACAUCCGGUUUAACGAGGUCUACCUCUGCUAUCGCGUCGACUAUGACUCGGUGAGCGAGGAAAAAGGCAAUGCCGACUGCAUCAAGGCAUCGGACUUUGCUCGCGUUUAUGAGGGAAUUCUGGCCAAUAAGGAUAUCACAGCCUCCCGAGUUAGUGUUUUUGGCCCUCAGGAUGUUGACGACCUAAAACACAAGAAGAAGCUUCCCAAGUCUAAAUGGACUGAAUCUUAACAUUGGUCAAGAGGCUGCACCCCUUCUUUUUUUUCCCCCCAUGUCUUGUGUUCCGAUGGGCAUCCUUGACAUAUAUGAAAAACGGUCGCUUGUUCCUCCUUCAUUUUCUCUUCAAGCGUCUCAUGGUGACGGAUGGUGUCUUCGCCAGGGCUCUCCACUGGGGGCGGAGCUGUCACUUCGCUGAGAUGGAAGUAGUGUUCGGGCAUGUCGUAGUUGGGAUCCUCUUUGCGGAUUUCAUGAAGGUGUCUCGUCCUGUUUGGAGUGCUUCGACUUUUCAUGGCUUCGGACAUUUCGGUAUCCGCUAAUUACUUGGAGGCUUUGCCAUUCUUGGAAUGAACUUAGGGUUUGAGAGGUGAUUCUAGAUUUCUGACGGCCAUAUUUGAAGCACUUCUUAGCUCCCAUCUCCAAACGAAGCAUAUUAAAUGCAAACA